AAUAACUGUUUUUAAUUAAAAACCUUUUGACAGAUAUUUUUAUUAGUUGCCUACUAUCAGACCUUAACAUUCUGAAUUGUUAUUAUCAUCUGUCAAACUGAAAUCAUAAUAUUAUGCAUGUAGUUGACUCAAUAAGACACUGCUAAUGAUAAGAACUGUUAUGUUAAACUUUAUAAUAAAAGAUGAAAUUAAGGUAAAGUUUUUAAUAGUUUAGGAGAAAAUGUUGUAACAAAGAUGGCAGGAAGUAAAUUGGAUGUCCUCUGGUCUCCCAUUCACCAUGAUAAAUUUAUCGUAUGGGGUCAAGACUUAACCUUAUACGAAGUGUCUAAUCUUCAAGAUAUCCCCAAAAACACUGCAUAUACCCAACUGUGUCCAACAAGAGGAGCCACAGUAGUAGCAUCACAGAGUGCAAGCGGAGUGCGUUGUGUGGACAUCAGUGCUGUUGUUGAACACCCCGACCCACUGCUGGCUCUAGGACAUGGAAGCGGAAGAGUGUUGCUCACAAGUUUCAAACAGGCAUAUGAUUCACUUGGCCUUGUGGGUAAAGAAUUCGUGCCCCGCUACCCCCGACAAUGUAACUCGGUUUCAUGGAACAGGUCGGAGGGUCACUUGCUGGUGGUGGGAAUGGACAAACAUCGCAGCGACAGCGCCGUGCUGCUAUGGGACGUCCAAGCCGGCGCCGGAGAUGACUUCACUGAGAGCGGUCCGUUGAGCGCGGCCGGCGCGGGCGAGGCGGCGGGCUGCGUGUCGUGGUGCGGGUUCGCUCCCCGGACAGUGCUGGCGUCCAUGACCUCCAAACACAUUAAGAUAUUCGACAUGAGAGAGAAUCCGGGCAAGGCAACCAGCUCGGUGUCAACCCGUCAGUGGGCGGGUGCCACGUGUGCCGGCUGGUUGGUGGCGGCGAGGGGUGAAGGUGGGGAGGCGGCGAUAUGUGUGAGGGACGCGCGCAUGCUGACCAGGUCGUUGGCCCUGCUGCCGCUACAGAGACCCGCCAGGAAAAUACACUGGAGCCCCACCAGGCAAAAUCUGCUGAUAUCCCUCCAGAGAGAUUCCACGACCUUGCGACUCCACGACAUCCAGCACAUGCACGACCCCCGGCGGCAGUCUCUCGACGCGGCUGCGACGCCGGCCUUGGAGGAGGGGGCGGCGGCUGGUGGGGGCGGCGGCGGGGCGGGGGGCGCAGCAGUCGAGCGUGACGUCACGGUCAGCGGCGUGCCGGUGGCUUCGUUCGCCUGUCACCCUGCACACCGCGCGAGGCUUCUCACGCUCACUACUACAGGCUGUGUGGCGGAGUACAUGGUGAUGGAACGCGUGUGCGUGUCGUGGGGCGCGAGCGGCGCGCUGGCCUGGGGCGGCACUUCGCUGCGGGUGCUGCGGCCCGCGCACCUGCCGGCCUCCACGCCCGACCUCGACAUCUCGUACAAGGCGCGCGCGAGGGCUCUCAACGACUACGGUCUCAAGCCCGACCUGUGGCAGAACGCGGAGCUGGCGGAAGACGAGGCGCUGAGCUCGUUGUGGCACUUCCUCGCUCUCAGCAAGUCACUCGUAGAGGACGGCUGCAUCCGCAACAGCGGCUGGAAGCAUCCCGGCGUGCGAUCGGUGCUGCGAUCCCCGGGGGAAGGAUACCGCUCGGAAGCCGUGUCCGCUCUCCUGCCCGACCUGCCCUCGCGCAAAGUCACCAUCUACCGGAGUGCCGAGCGCACGAGGGCGCUACAGCUGUGCGGCUGGGGUUGGGGCUGGGAGAACGCCGCGGCCGGCGUGGAGCGCGCGGAGGCCGAGGGCACGCCGUGCCGCGCCGCCGCCCUCGCCGCCUUUCACCUGCGCGUACGGGCGGCGCUCGACGUGCUGUCCCGUGCGCGCGCCCCGGCUUUGAGGGUCGCCGCCCUCGCCUUGGCGCCGGCCGCCGCGGGCGCACCCGAGGAGCGCCUUUGGCGGGACGCUCUAGCCGCCGCUGCGCCCGCCCUGCCCGAUCCUUAUCUGCGGGCGCUGCUACACUUCGUCGCCGCUGCGGCGCCUCCGCCCCAGCAGCCGCCCGCCCCGCACCAUCAACCGGACUACUCAGACGUCCUCAACGAGACGGGCAUGCGGCUGGAGGACCGCGUUGCAUUCGCAUGCAUCUUCCUCCCGGAUGGGAAGCUGCACGAGUACCUGGCGAACACCUGGGGCUCGCUCCGCGCGGAGGGCUCUCUGUCGGCCCUGCUGUUGUCCGGAGCGGGGGCGGAGGGCGCGGGUGCUCUGCAGAGAUGGUUGGAGCGCACGGGCGACGUGCAGAGCGCGGCGCUGGUGGCGGCCCGCGCCUGUCCACCGGAGCUAGUCCGGGAGGGGCGCGCGGCCUCGUGGCUGGCGGAGUACCGCGCGCUACUGGACGCCUGGCGCCUGUGGUGGCCGCGCUGCCUUUUGGAUACGUGGCUGGCGGCGGCGGGGGCGGGCGCGGAGGCGGGCGCGGGGGCUUCCGUGGCCUGCACAUACUGCGGCAAGCCCGUGGCGGCGGCGGGGGGAGCGCGGCCUCGACCCGCAUUCGCUCGCCUGCCGCCGCCGGCCGCCAAGAUGAAGCAAGUGUCGUCGUGCCCCAACUGCCGCAAGCCUCUGCCUCGUUGUGGCGUGUGCUCUCUCCACCUGGGCACGGGCGCGGCGGGGUCGGCGGGCGCCAUGGUGGCCGUGGGCGCCGGUGGGGCGGCGGCGGGCGGGGCGGCGGCCGGCGCGGCGUUCGCGGGCUGGUUCAGCUGGUGCGUGUCGUGCCGUCACGGCGGGCACGCGGCGCACCUGCUGCAGUGGUUCAGCGAGCACGCCGAGUGUCCCGUCAGCUCGUGCACGUGUCGCUGCAGCGAGCUGGACCCACCGGACGUGCCGCGCGCCUGACGUGCCUCGGCGGUCCGUCCGUUCCCGUGUUGGUGCCGGGUGCGAGUGGUCGGCGCGUCUUCUCCGCUCGGGUUCAGGGCUUGAAGCGCCUAGUCCUCGUGUUAUCUUCCGUUCCGUAGUCUGUAUAUAUUAUAUGAAUGUUAUAUUUUCUUACCCAAGGGAAGACGACACGCUCGAGAAUACGCGUCAGAUGCCGUCAGCAGACCAAAAGUAAUAGUGUGUUUCUUUUUACCAAUUGUCGUGUAUAAAUACUUGACCAGUCAAAAACAGGAUUGUAAAUAUAAACAAGAGUUCCUACAGCGUCACUUCACAGAAUGACAGUUAACUGUUUUCGUUACUACUAAAAUCUAAUCAUUGUUUUUAAUCGUCUUCAGUUCAAUGUAUUUACAAAAUUAAUCUCGUCUCGUUGGAUCGAAUCGAACGGUCAUCUAUAAGAUAAAUUGUCAUAUAACUUCCACACAGCGAAACAUCCAUGUGAAUACUCGUCCACACACAUUUUAUGCAAGAUUCUGAUCUUGUUGGGUAAUUGGUUUCAUCGUCCUCGGUUCGUUACUCUUCAAGUUCAAGAGGACAUGCGACGACUAUUGCACAGAUCACUACUCGUGUGUUGGAGACGAGUUCACAAACAUUUUAUAUCUUCUUUUAAGUAUACAAACAUCUGUUCGGACGAGGUUGAAGCUACAGAAUGUUUGGAGUGUUGCUUGAUGUCAAGGUUUUAUAAUAGCUUGUGUGGGUUUCUGUAGUUUGUGUACAUGAGCUGUAGCAGUAAGAGGAAUGAGGACACUUGAAAUGUUUUUACUAUUUUUGUAUCUUAGUUUCCUAAGAAUUAUGUAAAGACGUCACAAGGGAAGCGAAUGUAAAAAAAAAUGCAAUGUUUUUCCAAAUAUAUAUAAUAUAUACAUUUAUUAAAUAACUAUUUCAUCUGUAUUCCAAUUUAACAAUAAAACUCUCAAAGAUACAA